GCCUAUCCUUCUCUGCUUCGGCCAUCCGAACGAACCUGCAUGAAUCGCCUAUUCCCUUGGAUAGAGAGAUUAUCUGAUAUACAAAGCGAAGUCGUGCAACAAAGAAGCGCUCUGCACACAGAGAUCUACUACGUUGGCAGGCUUUACCGUUGUUAGUGAGAGUCUUGCUUCCGAUCUUUGGGAGAUUGCAUCUGCACACGUCCUUUGAGAAUCCAAGCAUUGCGAAAAUGGCAUCCAUUACACUGAAUCGUUCUCGUUUCACCAUGAUAACUGCGAUAGGCAUGAGUCAUCCGCGCUCUCACGGCACGCCUCGAAGCGUUCUACUGUUGCUGUUGCGUCAAUUUUCCUCCAAGGACUGGAACGGCAAAGGUACCGAUUCGGCUUCGCGAAGCGGCCCUGUCCUCAUCAAGAAGACACCCCGGAGUGCCGCUGCAGCAAAGCUUCGAUCCACGGCCCCAUCUUUGAACGGUAGUACGACCGAUAGCACCACCGGUGCGGUCAAACAUCAUCCCGCCCACCACUAUAUUAAUGGCGGCACUCCCUGCGAUCCCGCUCCACCACCGUACAAUCUAGCCGAAUACGGAGAAGAAUCCUUGUACACGCUCGUGCUUCUGCGGCACGGAGAAUCAGAAUGGAAUAAAUUGAAUCAAUACACAGGCUGGUGUGAUGUCAACCUGACCUCAACGGGUGAAAUGGAAGCAAGAACAGCAGGUCGACUCUUGUACGAAAACGGUAUUGAGCUAGACCACGCCUUUACCAGUGUGCUGAGACGGGCUUCGUUUAGUUGCAACAUGAUGUUGAACAUGGCCAAUCAGCACUGGGUACCCGUUACUAAAACAUGGCGACUUAACGAACGCCAUUACGGGGCGUUGCAAGGUUAUAACAAAGACACGGCAUACAAAGAGCUCGGACUAGAUCAGGAACUCGUCAUGCAAAUGCGAAGAUCCUACGAUGUUCGACCUCCACGAAUGCUAGAUGAUCAUCCGUACUGGCACGGUACUGACCGGAGGUAUCGAAAAUUGUCACCGGACCAGUUGGACAGUUCCCGAGCAGAAUCACUGAAAGACGCUGCAGAGCGCAUCAUGCCCUUCUACAACUCAGUCGUUGUACCAUCCAUGCGAUCCGGCAACAAAUGCAUAAUUGUGUCCCACGCCAACACCAUUCGAACUCUGAUAAAAAAUAUUGACGGUAUCAGCGACGAAGAUAUCAAGGGUAUGUCCAUUCCCACUGGCAUUCCCCUUUUGUACCGACUGGACAAAAACAUGAAACCUGUCGACCCGCAAAUUGAAUUGGAAUUUCGAUAUAUGGUGGAACCUAAAGGCUACACUUGGGGCACAUCCCGUGAACACGGUUUUCACGGUGUGUAUCUGGGUGAUUUGGAGCGCUUACAAGAGAUUCAACGCAGGCGGGACGCUACAAAUCGCGACUGGCAACGGAUUAUUCUACGCAACAUUGGCCGAGCACUGGGUUGGAAUGAUCUGGAAUCAUCAACGAGUCUCGGAGCCAAAACUGAGCCUAAUGCAUACGGCACAUCCAACCCCAAAGUAGUCGAGACAAGACAGUUAUGGUGGCAGAUUCACACCAAAAUGCAAACAUCGGAGUACAGCAAUAUGCUUUUGUUGGUGAAGAUGGAGGAUGCCUUGGAGGAGCUCAUGUACCAGCGAAAACAAAAGUACAUUACCCAAGCGGCUUAUGCCAAGAUGAUUGACCAAAUUCAUUUGGAUACAGAAGGGUCUGUCGUGGAGCCCUUUUGUGAGUUGGCUGAGCGUCACGAUAGGGAAGAGCGACAGCGUAUUUGGUACGAGAGUUUGACACUCGAUCUCGAGGAAGAGUGCUUGAUCAAAUAGUGAUCGACGCGUUUACCAGAGUGGAUCGUGCGUCCAUGGACGACAACGAAUCGAUGUUCUAGCUACUAUACAUACAUAUGGUCGUUCGUGAAUUGAAAAAUUAAGCAUACCGGGUGGCAUGCAUACAAUAAAAGAUCUGUUGAUACAUCCGAUAGCGUCUACGUACAGAUGAUACAGACUUACUCACAGGCCGUUUGAAACUGAAUUCUCGUCCUCAGCCUGCGUUUCUUCGACCAGUUCUCCAAUUUUCGAAAUUACUUCUCUUUCGUAUCGCCAGGGAAAAUGUUCGGCAAUUUCUUCUUCCCAAGAAAUCACCGUCGUGGCUGUAGGGACCAUUGGCCGGUAACGCGCCAUUGCAGUUUCCAACAACGCCAGCUCGGCGAUGGUCCACGGCAGUGGAGAAUCCGACCUUUGGGGAGAGUGUGUUGAAUUGUUACCAGGACUCUUAAUCGAUUCGGAGUGUACGUCAUCGUUCGGCAGCGGCGAAUUCUGUGCUGCAAACUGUUCGUUGCUUUGUUCCCUCCGUAUGGAUUCAGAUUCUUGUUGCUGCUCUACUUCGAUGAUUGCGAGCAGGUACUGGUAAGCAUGUUCCUCCACCUGUUGUUUCGUCCAUCCCGUUUCCUCCGCCACAAUGGCGGGCCAGUCUUCGUCGUGACAGUGUCUCGCAAAGGGAGAGUUAAAGACUGCGUGGCGAUCGGCCAGCGGUAAGCGAUCGUACGGCACGGAAGGUUCACUAGCUGACCUACCGUGCUCCGGAGACGACGAGCGCGCUCCGUUGGUAGUCGUUGUCGGAAGCAGCUGCUCGGGACUCAGUUCUAACGAAUCACUCAUGCAGUCGUUCCUGUUGCUGAUCAGUACCAUCCGGGCCUGAUCAUCGGUCGCUGGCUUUCAACUAUGGGAACGUUACCGAAAAAGGCAGAAACAAUCCUUGUCAUGAAACUGUAAAACAGGCGACGUCUCGAAAAGUUGUGUUCGGAUGCCAAAG